UGUCGGUAACCAGCCCCUGUUUCAAAAUGUCGUUGUCCGUUGAUAAUACCAUUUGUUGUGGUUUUGACUUGGGUUUCUAAACAACGCGAUCACGCUACAACAAGUCUGGUGCAAAUGGCAUGCCCUACUAAACUUGCAUUAACAAUCCGUCUUCAGUUGUGAGCUAUUGAUUCGACAUCUUGUUUGCAAGUCGCUUGCUUUCGCGGAAAAGUGAUUUAAAAAUCGAACGGCCUUUCGGACAUGCUAUGGGAAUUACGUUUACACAAAUUCUUCAAAGGACCACAAAUGCUAUAGAUUUUGUCGGAAUGAACGAACCGGUGGCAUCAUACUCGGUAAAGGUGGUCAGAGGCGAAAAUGUAAAACGUCUGUCUUUCAAUGAACAAUCUGUUCGAAACUCGAGCGCAUUAAUGCCAGUCAUUCGUGGCAUUGAAGGUCGGCAACGCGUCCCGUAGAAUUUAACGGAUCCGAAUUCAAUUAGUCGAAGGGCAAUAAAUAAUUGAUGUUUUCGCUAGACGCGCUUUGUUUUCUUACGCCUGUCUGGCUGCCUUAAUUCGACGGCGCAGCAGAACGGCCCCUGUAGGUCUCUGGGGUAAGCUCGAGACAGUAGCACGUUUUGGCAAAAAGCGAAAGGUGGACCGCUGAUACAGUUACCAAGGCUAGAACAGGCUAUGUUAGCGAAUUUUACCCGCUUAAAAAUAUUGUAGAAGUUUUAGGUUUUUGCCUAGAAGUAUUUACUCAUAGAUAUGGCACACGCUUCUGCAAAAUGUCGAAAACUUUAUUGUUUAGAAAGUCCAAUAAAAGUUCUGCUUUCGUCGGCGUGUUUUUCAUACGCAGCCAUUAAGUUGUUACUCAGAAGUCCCGAUUUCUAAACAAGAUUUUGGACAGGAAGAUUUUGGUGAAUAAACCUCCUAGGGGACAAAGAUAUAGUGUGGUGCUGUUCUGGUUUUUUUAAACUAAUUUCUUAACAACCUGGAUUUAGUUGAAUAUUUGUCAGAUCAUUUUAAUCAGUUGGCCUGGUUCGUCUCUUAUAUUUAAAUUUCUUCUGCGAUAGGUUUCAACUGAAAACCUUUUUCUUUUCUUGGCGCAAUAGUUUAAAACACGGUUUUCCAAAACUGUUGUGAUAUUUUGGUAGAAUGUUGUUGCUAGUAAGAAAAGAAUGGAUGUGACCUUUUUAUCUUAUAAUUUCACGUUGGUGUUUUAGAGUUGUCGUAUUGGUGUAGCAUGACCAUAAUGCACGAUGCAGCAUCUCCCACUGACCAUUGGAGAUACAUCGUUCGAGAAAUAACGGACGGCCUGCGUGGUGCGAGGGAAGAGAGUGAAGAAAGCAAAUGGAGAGAUCACAAAAAGAAAGAAGGCAAAAAAGAAGUGGAUGCGAACGCUCGAGAGAGCAGGAGUAAGUCUAUGCGUGAUGUAGGUAUCCCAUAUGAAGAAGAUCAAACCGACUUCACAAAAUACAGCGGCGGUUUCAUACCAAUUGAUUACAGAGAGCGAGAGCAGUGUCCAGAUACUUCUGGGUGGCGAAACGGACACACGGGAACUCUCUCCUCAAUACACGGUUUAAAACAUAAACAGGAACCAGGGACAUCGCCGCAGUGGAAGCGCUCCGCUUCUGUGAGCUGUGUUUUCAGUCCUGUUGGUGUUCAUAAUGUGAAUAAUAGAAUGCUUCCUCUUGGCCGGGGGCAGUGGUACCCGAUAGAAAAGGAAAACUACAUUCAAAACUACAACGACGGAUCAAGUGAUGAUUCAACUGAGUUCGUUCUUGUAAAUGAAGCUUCAACUAGUUUUAAACGUGUUAACACCGUACGCGAAACAUCCUUCUCCGCAAGGCGUGGUUGCCCUGAGACCACCCUCGAAUACAUUAACCACAACAAAGUUACAUACCCCAACCACGUCCACAGGGCUCCUAUAAGCGGUACUUCUGCAAGUGCCUUUUACAAAAUCCCAAAAAUGAAUUCCCUUCCUCGAAACGUUCGCUCCAACCCUGCGCGCACUCAUGCGUGGAGAGCAGCGGUGCGUGAACAAUGUAGAGGUUCGGACCGCCUUGCCAGAUCUCUUCCACACGACAUUGUAAAGAUUGGUGGCUUCAGUCAAAGUAUGACGUCAUCACCCGCCAUCACCCUCUGCAGCAGCGGAAUGCAGGCUUGUGACGUCACAAACAGCUACAAACUUUCGAAAGCGAUCGCGAAAUCACCGGUAUCUAGAGUAAGAAAUCGAAAGUCGGCGCUGCGGAAGACGAGACGCCGUCAUCGAACCGGUUCAUCCGUCAAGACUCGACAUUGCAGGAAACGAGCACGGCUUCGUCGUAAUUCAAAUCUUUACACCAAGAAAAUUUACUACAAAUCAACAAAUCGUAACAUCUACGCUGAACCGGCGUCGGACAAUUUCUUUUUGGCUCUGUUUGCAUCUUUGUUUUGCUGCCUUCCGCUCGGCCUUGCAUCACUGUGCUACACUUACAGAGUGAAAAAACAUUUGGCCAACAAAGACCACGACAAGGCGCACAUGAGCUCUCUUCUUGGAAGAAGUCUUGCUAACACUGGUGUGAUGCUGGGAAUUACUGGCCUUGCUAUAACUCUUGUAUUUUUCAUCGUCAGAGCGAAUAUGCCGUAUGCUUCAAUGGAAUAUGAUUACUACUUGCCAGAAUACAUGAGCGGCGGGUAACAGAGACUUGCAUUGGAUUGCCUGGCGCACCUUUGGGUUACGACCGGGACUCUGAAACUUAGUUUUCUUCAGGCCUGUUGCUGUUCUUGCGCUUCCCAAUUGCAUCAAUCCCUUUGCUUGGGAUCACGCUUCAAAAGCGGAACAAAAACAAUUGACAACCUGCGUUUUAGUUCGGACAGCAGCAUGUGCUGUGUAUGAACCAGCAAAGAGUUCAUUCGCCACAUUGCAGCGUAAACGUCGGUAAAACCGACACUUAUAUAGAUAGAAUUCUUAUUCGUUUGAGUAUGUGUCGUUUAAAACGAGCCUAUAAUGGAAAAGCUUCCAGAAAUUGUACUAUUCCCGCUUAUAGUCUUCCGCGUUACUUUUAUCCCCUUCGUAAUGAUUCCAAAUAAGGUAUAUAGCUUGCACUCACUAUAGAAACUAUGUAAUAACGCCAUUAUAUUUGCAUAUAUAACUUAAGUGUUAUACACCGGAUGCCGGUCGACCUAAAGGUUAUCGAAUUUGCCUUCAAUAUAUUGAACAGAGAAUGCAGAAACGGGCUCUACCGUCACAGCCGUCCUUCGGGGUCUGUAUAAUCUUUGGAGACAGUGACAGUUAUUGUCUUGUUGCUCGAAUCUGUAAUCAAUAGUCUAACUCUAUAAGCAGAACUAUUACGAAUCGUUUCACCCCAUCUUACAAAAUUAAAAUUGACCGACUCUUUCGUUUUGCAAAAAACAGUUGCCUUUAUAAACACAAAGCGUCUUCAAAGUUCAUUUGCGUCUUUCGCUGUCAAAUCAAUUUUAUAUACCGAGCAAUAUCGACCUUGUGCAUUCAGCCUACGUCGCUUGGGCCUACUUCAUCGCUUAUGAGCCUUUUAAGCCAGUCUCUGCAACGAUGCCAUUCGCUGCAAUUAAUUAUUCAGAGCAACCAUAACAAGUGAUGCAGAUUUGCGUGUCACGUCAAUGGCAAUAUCGAAUGUUGAUGAUAUCUCCAAUUGUUCGCUAUUCCCGGCCCGCAUCAACCCAUAUCGACAUGUUUAACACCACAAGUCCUUAUUUAUAUAGUUGCAGUUUCAUGGUUAAAGUGCGCACUGCUAAUUACAUUGUGACAUACAUUAAUUAUAGACAAAUUCUACAAUAAGCGGUCUAUAGGCUGAACAAGUAACCAGUUUAAUAGUUGGUAAUUAGCCAGGUUUUAUUUAAGGUAUUUCAGAAGCUAUCUACCCACGUUAAUAUAUAUUAUACAACAUAAUGCGAGGUACUAUCUAAAUACACUAAUGUUGUAUUGUGUACAAGUUACAUGUCAAUAAUAUUAUCUACCAUGCAGACAGACCAGGUUCUCUACCUUAAUAUACACAGGGUCGGUGAUCAUACUAUACACUGAGGUUGUAGUGUUAU